GAGAGUUUCGGGUGGCUGGGUGAACGUUGCGGAGGAGGCUCCCUUUGGAUGCAGAAGACUUCUGCCGUGUGGACGGGGAGUUUGCCACCUGGAGGACUCGCUCUGAAAGGGGGAGCGUUCUCCGGAGCCAAAAGGAGGGCAUAGAUCUGGGCAGGGUGGUUGGGGCAAUCCAAAGCUCCCAUUGCCUGCUUUCCCUGUCCACCCCGCUGGGACCUAGCCCGGUUUUGAGGUUUUGGGGGAUUGUGACUCGGCUGGACACCGUGGGGAGCCGCCCUUGACCGAGCUAGGGCCGAAGAGUGGGUUACAAAAUAUCCGUCUAUGCUCGAGACCUACAGACUACAUGUCCUACAAGAACGAUCCAAUGGUUUUUCAUCCCUUGAAGAUACAUUAGAAGCAUAAAUAUGGUGCCUAAAGAACUUUCUACCCUUCUCUGACUACGGUUCAUUUGGACAUACUUUUGUAUUGAAGAGAGGUAUACAGCCUGAGGCUAUUCAUUGUGGAGAGACUCCGUCGGGUAGGAUAAUGGACCAUCCUAGUAGGGAGAAGGAUGAAAGACAACGGACCACUAAACCCAUGGCACAAAGGAGUGCACACUGUACCCGACCGACUGGCUCCUCAACAUCCUCUGGGGUUCUUAUGGUGGGACCCAACUUCAGGGUUGGCAAGAAGAUAGGGUGUGGGAACUUCGGAGAGCUCAGAUUAGGUAAAAACCUCUACACCAAUGAAUAUGUAGCUAUCAAACUGGAACUAAUAAAAUCACGUGCUCCACAGCUUCAUUUAGAGUACAGGUUUUAUAAACAGCUUGGCAGUGCAGGUGAAGGUCUCCCACAGGUAUAUUACUUUGGACCGUGUGGGAAAUACAAUGCCAUGGUGCUGGAGCUCCUCGGCCCCAGCUUGGAGGACUUGUUUGACCUCUGUGACCGAACUUUUACUUUGAAGACUGUGUUAAUGAUAGCCAUCCAGUUGCUUUCUCGAAUGGAAUAUGUGCACUCAAAGAAUCUCAUUUAUCGAGAUGUCAAGCCAGAGAACUUCCUGAUUGGCCGGCAAGGCAAUAAGAAAGAGCAUGUUAUACACAUUAUAGACUUUGGACUGGCUAAGGAAUACAUAGACCCUGAAACCAAAAAACAUAUACCUUAUAGGGAACACAAAAGUUUAACUGGAACUGCAAGAUAUAUGUCUAUCAACACGCAUCUUGGCAAAGAGCAAAGCCGGAGGGACGAUUUGGAAGCUCUGGGCCAUAUGUUCAUGUAUUUCCUUCGAGGCAGCCUGCCCUGGCAAGGACUCAAGGCUGAUACAUUAAAAGAGAGAUAUCAAAAAAUUGGUGACACCAAAAGGAAUACUCCCAUUGAAGCACUCUGUGAAAACUUUCCAGAGGAGAUGGCUACCUACCUGCGAUAUGUCAGGCGAUUAGACUUCUUUGAAAAACCUGACUAUGAGUAUUUACGGACCCUCUUCACAGACCUCUUUGAAAGGAAAGGUUACACCUUUGACUACGCCUACGAUUGGGUCGGGAGGCCUAUUCCUACUCCAGUAGGGUCAGUUCAUGUAGAUUCUGGUGCAUCUGCAAUAACUCGAGAAAGCCACACACACAGGGAUCGGCCAUCACAACAGCCUCUACGAAAUCAGACUGCAUCAUCAGAGCGCCGAGGAGAGUGGGAAAUCCAGCCCAGCCGGCAGACCAAUACCUCGUACCUGACGUCUCACUUGGCUGCAGAUCGCCAUGGGGGAUCAGUGCAGGUGGUUAGCUCAACCAAUGGAGAGCUGAAUGUCGAUGACCCCACAGGAGCCCACUCCAAUGCACCAAUCACAGCUCACGCUGAGGUGGAAGUAGUGGAGGAAGCUAAGUGCUGCUGUUUCUUUAAGAGGAAAAGGAAGAAGACUGCUCAGCGCCAUAAGUGACCAGUGCCUCCCAGGAGUCCUCAGGUCCUGGGGACUCUGACUCGAUUGCACCUGCAGCUCCUGCCAUUUCUCAUUGGAAAGGACUCCUCUGCAGGGGAGGGUGGAGAUCCAAACCAAAAAGAAGAAAAGAGAUGCCCCCAGAAGGAGCCAGUGUGGGCAGCCAGGGCCCAGUGGGUCAGUGGCUGUCCCCACCUGCCUGAGGCUCUGAGCAGGUCCCAGAGCUGCUGCUCCUCCACUGCUUGCCCUCGGGGCCACUUGGUUGACUCUCCUUCCUAUUGUUUACAGUGAAGGUGUCAUUCACAAAAACUCAAGGACUACUAUUCUCUUCCGCCCCUUAGUCUACUCCCGGUCCUUGCCCCUCCCUCAACCUUCUCCAGCACUAAAGCUAGUGAGUUGAAGGCUUUGUCUGCCGAAGGAACUCUAGAGGCUGGGCUUGUGGCCAAGAAGGUAGGAGGAAGAUGGCAGGCCUGAGCUGGAGAAGAACCUUCUCCACCUUCCAGGGAUAUCUGGCUCCCUCUUCCUCUGUGCCUGCCCAGCCUCCAUCCUCAGCUGGCCAUGGGUACAGUUUACUCCCUCCUUCCCUCUUGUGAGGUUACACUGUAGGACACAAGCUGUGAGAAAUCUGCAGUCUACUGUCCCCAUGUGUUGGCGUUCUUAGCUUUCUUGACAAGUGUGAACUCUAUUCUCCAGUCAGUAGUAGAACAAUGCAAAUUGUUCUGAGCAAAGGAAAAAAACUGACUUUAUUGCACUUUUAGUUUAUUGGUUUUUUUGUGUUUUUGUUGGUUGUUUUUUUUUUAACAAAAAAAAUGGCAGAUGCAUAUUGUGUCUGGUUAUAUUGGGAGUUUUACUUUUUUUCUGUUUUGAGGGGGAUGGGGCCAGCCAAGCCAUUCAGAAAGAACAUGGGUCCAGAGGACAUCUCAAUGGAAAGAGUUGGGUCAGCAGCACCCAGAAGAGAAGAAGCCAAACUCUAUGUCAUUCUGAGUAAACACUCAGGUUGGCAAGAAAACAUACUUGAAUUUUCAUUCAUCUUCUCAGCUACUGGAGAAUGUCCUACCAGAGCCUCUUGACCUUAUCAGCCUGCAGUUUGGACAACCUAACCUCUACGGCACAUGGGAUGAGCCAGCCAAGCCAGACUAUGACCAGAAGAUAUUUCAUCCCAGAGAAGGAGAUAAUUUUAAAAACAAACUGAAACAUCUGUUUCCUCCACUGCCAGGGAUUUCCAACUAGAUAGCCAUGUAACUUCCUUAUCAAUUUUGGGGAACAAAAUUAGUGAUGAAACAGCUACCACCAUAUUACCACUAGUGGACAAAAAGAGAGGAAAAUGAAUCUGCCUUCCAACUGCCAAAGGAAACUCAGGAUUUGGCAUCAUAGGGCCAGGAAAUAAAAUUGGUAUGUACUGUCUGCCCCAGUAGCUGAGUCAGACAUUUGGGCUGGCCUGCCUUAUCAGAAACCAAGCACCUGCAGAUUUUCUAGCAGGUCCACAGCAGCAGGCUUAGGACUCAGUACAUGGGGCUGGAGUAGCAGGAGGGGGAGAUUAAUUGGUGCUGGAGAAUUCCAGGGGAAAGGAGACUGAAAUGAAAGCUCUGAAAUUAACUUCUCAAUUAGACAUAGACUCCUUCCAAAUAAGGUGGCCUUGCAUCUAGAGCGUGUUCUCCCCAGUAUGCUCUCCGCCACCCCCCACAUCGUGUAGUCACAUGACAUACUGCCAUGAAGAGUCUUGGUUCCUCAUUCAUUGCUUUAAAAAAGUAUUAAUGUACAGAGUUCAUCUUUUCAUGCUCAGUUUUCAUUUGAGUUCAGCAGCUUACCCAAACAGUGACCUCUUGUCCCAGAUGUCAUAGAGGAGAAGAGAUUGUUUACAUCAGGGAACGAGGUCUUCUGUUUGGGAGUAGAGAGCUAAGCAUGGAGGACAGUGGCUGGUGACUUAUUCUGGUGGUUUUGGGAACAGAAAUCAUUGCCCCUGACUUGAGGUGUAGGACUGUCUUUUGGACUGGAGGGUGUGGGGAUACUUUCUGGUAGUUGGCAUUUCCCGACCAGUCCCUUGAUGAAUGGAACAGAAAUAGUAGUAGCAUGGAACAGAGUUACUAGGCUUCCUCUGUUCCAUCAGGCCUUGCCAGGAAAUAUCAUUCCCCUGGCUUCAAACCUGCUUAGCUUAUAUAGAGAUUGUAAUUUUCCAUUUCUUUAAAAGAAUUCUCCCUGUAUACAAAACAGUGGCUGGGAGAGACAGAACCACACCCUUUCCCCACAAGGAUUUCAAAUACUGGGGUUUGUUUCCUUGACAUUAUCUAGUGGUUAAGGUGUAAUCACUGAAACUUACAUAGUUUCUCAGUUGGUAUUUGGGCAACUCUAACUUUCUAUAUAGAAACUUCCUCAUACCUGUAUAGAAAAAGCCUUGCCUCUUAAGGGAGGGCAAGGGGAAAGGGUGGCAGAGCCUAGAGCCUCUUGGCACUCCACACCCUACUAAGUGCCUCCCCACCCCCUGCUUCCACAAAAAAAGCAAAGGCAGUGACCAGCUUGGCUGUAGGGCAAGCCCCCUUGCAGCUGGGUUUGUGACUUUCUUGGUCUUAAUUUUUUUUUAAGGCUAGCUCUUGAGGGGUUGAAUCUGAGCAGUUGGGGUGGGGGGUCCUUCCUAAUGCAUUGUUUUCACUCUGCCCUCCACAAAUCCCUUGCUAGAUAUUUGAUUUCCAUAACAAAGAUGAAGGCCCCUCUGGCAUGCAGGGCGAUGGUGAUCCAGGACCAUUGGCACAGCAAGGCAGUCCCACACCCCUGAGAAAUUGUGAUUUUCUUUCAAAAAUUUUUUAGAUGAGUACCUUUUAGCCAUCAGUUCUACACCCAACAGCACAUUAGGGCCCCCUCCUUCGCUCUGUUGCUAUAGUUGCUUAGCUGUAUGCUUCAGCCAGGUCCUCGGGGUUGGGCACUCCAUGCGCCCACCACCUACCCAAAUCCACUUGCUCUGUAGUUGAGAUUUCUUCAUUUCACAGCCAUGGUGCCAAUUCCAUUGGAAUUGAUGCGAUUGUUUCUGAGUUAGCAUUAAGUACUAACAGCAUCUGUUAUUACAAAAUCCAUCAUAUUAUACCAUUGAGAGUUCUCCUAAGCCCUGCAUGCCUUCAGGCAUUGCAUCCCGAGCAGAUUGAGGCUAGCAGGACAGGCAAAAGGGGUGCUUCCCUUGUGACCAGAGCAUGACUUGUGUCUGCGAAGUCUAAGUAAGUAAGGGUUAAUCACUUAUUCUACACACCUUAGUGUUUCCCAGUGAUCUCACUCCAGACAGCUCUGCAGGAGUGGGCAGAGUGUACCAGCAGCAGUGUGCUUUCAGGACGGCCUUCAUUAACACUCUCCUGCUAUUUUGGGUCUGUCUAGGAGUGAACAGGAUCUAGAGAGGUACAAGUCAGGUGACUAGGUUGGGCUCCAAUUAAAGCUCCAUUUUACUUUGGAAUGCAGGGGCAAUAGGAGACAGCAGGAUCCUGGGGUUUGCUGUAGAAGUGAUGAAUGCCUGUUAAUUCUCAAUGAACUCCGACUACAUAGAAACAGCCCCUACCAUUAGCCAGAAGAGGUGUCCACUGCCUCUAAACUUCUGUCUCUGCACUGGAAAUGUACACUGGUAGUACAUGUUCCGUGUCGAUUCUCAGUGUUAGUAAUCACUUUCAAUGUUAGAAAUAGGCAGUGAUGGUGAUGUUAUGUCAGAGUGGUUACUACGGAUCAUAGCCUUAACUUUUUAUGCAAAAGACAUAACUCUGUACCCCUACCAGUGAGCAUGCAUUUUUCAAAAAUAAGUACUUCCAUGGCAGCAUCUUCUCAAAAGAACUUAAUCAUUCUUCUGAUGCAACUCUCCUCCGCCCACAUGCCUCUUGUGUCCCAGUCACCUCUUCCAUAUUCAUAUUUAAGCCCGCGUUCCAUUCCCAGUGAGUUGCCCUGGCGUUACCUCCAGUGUCAGAGCUACCACGGUAGGGCUAGAGUGUCUCAGCCUGGGUGGAAGCUUGCAGCGCCAUAGCCAACAUUGCUUUCGCCAGGUCACUGCCACCAUCCCUGCCGUUAUCCCAAGGUGGGCAAGUUCUAGAAACCCUUAGGGAGCCAGGAUAACUAGGCACACCAUCUGCACUGGCCAUGUAAAUAACAGGCACUUGUCUCUGGGGUUCUUGCUUUUGCCGACACCAGGGCUCCAGGCAAGUCCCUUCUAGAGGUUGAUGGACAGUGAUUCUCAGUCUUCCCCAUAGUGGAUUGGUAGGAAUCAAAAUGGGAUUUCUAUGGUUUUGUUUUCUUGUGGGACUUUUUUAUUUUUUUGGUAGGGGUGUUGUAUAUGAAUAUGAGGAAACCUUGGCCCUUCUGAGGGCUUGCAGAGUUUUGAGCAAUUUUUUAGCCACAAAUCUUGGAAGUCUCAUCAAUCAAGCGGUCUUAACAUGUUUUCCCCUAACUCCUUUUGCAGGUGACUAAGUGAAAAAGAGUAGGUUUCUUCAUUGUAUUCAAAAUAGUAAGUAGAUUCCCUGGAUAUAGACAGUAGUAGUUGACGUAUUUCCUCAAAAAGCAACCAGGAAGUCCACUCCAGUAUUUGUAGAUCAGCUUACAAAGGAGAAAAUGAAUGUGUACUCCAUAUAUUUCUAGUGUGAUUACCAAACUUGAUGUUAUUCAGAAACCACAGUUUGGUGGACAAUUUAUUUUAUUUCCUUCUUUACUUCUCACAGUCAUCUUUCCAGUGCCAUCACCACCUUCAAAGUCUCAGCUCAGAGGGCUAUUCGUGGUAGUAAAGGGGGGUGCAAUGCAGACAUCCCAGUAACACACACGAGAGGACAGCUGUCCUGAGUGCCCCUUCCCCACACACCCCUCUUUCAGGGCAGCUGAGACCUUUUCAGUGUUCCUCUUCACGAGUUCCAGACCAAAUCCCAGGCCAGCCCUUGUGCCGAAAGCUUUUUUAAGAGGCUUAUCAAUUCGUUAGGAAUGUCUCAGGAAAGAUGAGCCAUUUCUUUGGGGGAAAUAUAUUUACGGAUGGUUGUGUGUGGUUGCAUUUGUAUGCUUGUGUCUGUGUGCUCAUCUGUGUGUAUUUCACUUCCAUAAAAACUCAGCCCAGGCUACAGGGAUCAUGUGUUCCUGAAUAUUCUAGGAAGUAAACAAGUAACAAGUGAGCUUCUCAAAUUAGUGUCACAGCAAGUUGGUUCUGGGAAUGAGUCCCAUUUAUCAAGCAGAAGAAUAAAUAAUAAACAGCAGAAAAGAUAGAGAUAGAAACCAAAAAUAGAAGUGUGUUCCCCCCAAUGGAAAAUAAUGUUGAUUCAUCAAUGCCCAUUGGAUAUAUUACAUGCUCUAAUUUAUUAUAUUAUUGUUUGUUUCACUCAUCUUUGCCCAUUGUACUUUUAAAAAGAUAUUGGGAUGUUGAUUGCAAUUUUUUGAGACUAGAUAAUGUAUAAAUCAGUUGUAGAAAUCAGUUUUAAUUGAUGUGUGGAUGUGUCUAAUCAUUGUUAAAUGCCUUUUUUCUUUUUCUUUUUUUUUUUUUUACCUGUUGUUUUAGAUGUGUAAUGUUUCAUAAACCCUGGCACUGGUCACAAAGCUCAGCUGUGAAAAUGAAACUUGUAGUAUUUUUAAACAUGAAUGUCAAUUUCAAGUGUAUUUGAAAUUAUUCCUCCAGGAGAGAAAUUUGUAACAUCAUUAGGAAAAAUUCCUCUGCAGAGGAACUACCCUUCUUUGGAGAAAAUGGGAAAAUGGGUCUUGAUAAGUUAUCUCAGAGUAGCCCAUUUCCUAGGGCACCAUGGAAAACACAAAUGUGAUCUUUAAGUAUACCUCCUCCCCAGUUUGGGGAGGAAAGGACUCAGUUUGCACCCUUUUUGUAUGUAAAAUAAAAUGUCUUACCUUUCUUGGCUAA